AUGCUUGCUCUGGAGGCUGCACAGCUGGAUGGCCCACACUUAAGCUGUUUGUACCCAGAAGGAGUCUUCUACGACCUGGACAGCUGCAAGCCCUUCAGUUACCCAGAUUCAGAUGGGGGCCUUGACUCUACAUGGGGUUGGACAGAGGCCCCGCCUGCUCCUGCCAUCGCUCCCUAUGAAACCUUCGAUCCUGCUACGGGUGCCUUUAGCCACUCCCAGACUGUUCAGCUCUGUUAUAGCCAUGGUCCUACCCCCUCCACCUAUAGCCCCAUGGGGACCCUCGACCCAGUCCCCAGCUUGGAGGCCCCGGGGGGGCCUGGUCUCCAGGUAUACCCCCCAGAGGACUUCACCAGCCAGACCCCGGGCUCCUUGGCUUAUGCUCCAUACCCCAGCCCUGUGCUAUCAGAGGAAGAAGACAUCCUGCUGGACAGCCCUGCCCUGGAGGUCUCGGACAGUGAGUCAGACGAGGCCCUCUUGGCUGGCUCCGAGGGGAGGGGAUCUGAGGCAGGUGCACGCAAGAAGCUGCGCUUGUACCAGUUCUUGCUGGGGUUGCUCCUACGCGGGGACAUGCGCGAGUGCGUGUGGUGGGUGGAGCCAGGUGCCGGCGUCUUCCAGUUCUCCUCCAAGCACAAGGAGUUGUUGGCUCGCCGCUGGGGCCAGCAGAAGGGCAACCGCAAGCGCAUGACGUACCAGAAACUGGCCCGAGCGCUGCGCAACUAUGCCAAGACAGGCGAAAUCCGCAAGGUCAAACGCAAGCUCACCUACCAGUUUGACAGCGCGCUGCUGCCAGCCGCCCGGCAUGUUUGA